ACUUAGUUCAGAAGGAUCACACGUGUUGGAGAAGAAAGAGCGGCGUAGAGAGGGACUUAGGAGCAGAGGCCUCUGAGAGAUCUGAGGGAUUACCCUACCAGUGUGUUAGGGAGUGUGAGAGAGUUACCCUGAUCAACUGAAGUGGUGCGUGUGUUUGUGUGUACCUGCGUGUGUGCGUGUGUGUGUGUGGUUUUGUAUGUGACUUAUUUCUUGGACAUGGAUACCCCACUGACCACCCCGUUAGUCCUCCUCCUCCUCCGCUUUCUCCUCACCAUUCACGGGGCCAUGGACUCCUGCUACGACGACCACGAGGACUCCCCAAGCCGCUGCAUGCCCAAGUUCGAGAACGCCGCCUUCAACCGCACCGUCAUUGCGUCGAACGUGUGCGGUUCUCCGCCGGAGGAGUACUGCAUGCAGACCGGCUCAACUCGGUCCUACCACCGAUGUAGCGUGUCAGAGCCGGCCCUCAGCCACAACGCCAGCCUGCUGACAGACUUCCACACGGACGAGGAGCCCACCUGGUGGCAAAGCCAGUCCAUGUUCUAUGGAGUCCAGCACCCAAACUCUGUCAACCUCACCUUGCACCUGGGUAAAGCCUAUGAGAUUACCUACGUGCGGCUCAAGUUUUAUACCAGCCGACCGGAGAGCUUUGCCAUCUACAAGCGCACGCGUGAGGAUGGACCAUGGAUACCCUACCAGUACUACAGCGCUUCCUGUAGCAAGACCUAUGGGAAGAAUGCGAAGGGGUACAUCCGCCCAGGGGAGGACGAGAGGGUGGCAUUGUGCACCGACGAGUUCAGCGACAUCUCCCCACUGACCGGGGGCAAUGUGGCCUUCUCCACCCUCGAGGGACGACCCAGCGCAUACAACUUUGACCAGAGCACUGUGCUACAGGACUGGGUGACAGCCACUGACCUGCUCAUCUCCCUGGACCGGCUCAACACAUUCGGAGACGAGUUCUUCAAGGAUUCCAAGGUGCUGCGGUCCUACUACUAUGCCAUCUCCGACUACUCUGUUGGUGCCAGGUGUAAGUGCAACGGUCAUGGCAGUGAAUGUGUGUUGGAUGAGCAGGGGGCUCUGGUGUGUCAUUGCCAGCAUCACACUGUCGGGGUCGACUGCCAGAAGUGCCACCCGUUCUACCAGGACAGGCCUUGGGGCAGAGCCACAGGAGACACUGCCAACCAGUGUAUCAAGUGUAACUGCAGUGGGCGGUCAGAUGCGUGUGUGUUCGACGCGGAGCAGUACCGCGCCACGGGCAGCGGGGGGCGCUGUGUGAACUGCAGGGACCACACUGAUGGACCGCACUGUGAACGCUGCCUUGAGAACCACCACCGGCGGUCGCCGCUGGAUCCCUGCAGGCCUUGUGACUGCAACAUCCUGGGCUCCGUGACUCUGCAGUGUGAUGCCGAGGGGAGGUGUAGGUGCAGGGCGAGUGUGACAGGAGACAAAUGUGACGCCUGUCAACCCGGCUUCCACUCCCUCGGCCCUGGCGGCUGCAGGCCGUGCGACUGUGACCCCAGGGGCAGUGUGGAGGUCUGCUCGGCGUCAGACGGUGGCUGCCACUGCAAGGCUAAUGUGGAGGGACAGUCGUGCGACAGGUGCAAGCCUGGCUCCUUCAACCUGCAGGAGAACAGUCCAGCUGGCUGCAUGUCUUGUUUCUGUUCCGGACACUCAUUGGCCUGCCGCUCCUCCGAUUACCAUGCAGCUGUCGACAUCACGACUGACUUCCUUGAGGAUGCAGAUGGCUGGUCAGGCCAGUUCUCCGGGGGACAGGAGUACCCACUGCUGUGGAAGGAAGGAGAGGUCUACCUGCUACCCCUCAGUGAAGAUGACCCUGGCUUCUACACAGCUCCAGCGAAGUUCCUGGGGAACCAGCUCCUGAGCUAUGGCCAGCUCCUCUCCCUGACGUUCGCCGCUGAGGCCCAGUACCUCCUCCCUCACAGUGUCACAGUUCUCCUGGAGGGAUCUGGUACCACCCUGUCUGCUCAUCUAUCACCCCACCCUGGACCUGUUCUCCAUCUGGGCCUGGUUCCCCAACAAACCUUCGCUCUGAGACUGCACGAGGAUGAGACGAGGCUGAGGCCUUCUCUGUCUUCCUUGGAGUUCCGCCGUCUUCUCUUCAACCUCACCGCCCUCAGGAUCAGCAACGCAGGGGGACACAACUACACUUCCCAACUCUCAGGGGUAACGCUGGCCUCGGCUGCCGCCUCCUCCAGCCCUGUCACCCCGUCCCCCCUGGCAGCUCCCUGGGUGGAGGUGUGUCUGUGCCCCCCAGGGUAUGGUGGUCAGUUCUGUGAGCUGUGUGCCCCAGGGUUCACCAGAGAGGUACCUAACGGAGGACCACUGUCACCCUGUGUGCCUUGCUCCUGCCACCACCACGGGCCUUGCCAUCCUGAGACUGGUGUGUGUGAAUGUUCCGAUUUCACCACAGGACCUACCUGUACGCGCUGCCUGGAUGGUUACUACGGCAACCCGUUGAUUGGCACGACCAAUGAUUGCCAGCCUUGCCCUUGCCCGGACCGUACCAGCUGUGCUCAAAUUACAGAGACAGGGGAUGUGGUCUGUACCAACUGCCCACCUGGACAGAGGGGCACCAGGUGUGAGAUGUGCGAGGAUGGUUUCCAUGGCGAUCCCCAGGGCCGGUCAGGGCCAGUUCGGCCCUGCCAGCGAUGCAACUGUAACGGGAACGUGGACCCCAACGCCCUGGGUGUGUGUGAUCACAUGACGGGCCGGUGCCUGAAGUGCCUGGGAAACACUGAGGGAGACUACUGCCAACGCUGUCGGCCUGGGUACUAUGGAGACGCCCUGAACCACACAGUAGCCCAGAAGUGCAAACCCUGCAGCUGCAGUCCUUACGGGACUUCUGGGUCAUUGGAGGAAUGUGACCCCUAUACAGGACGUUGUCCAUGCCUCAGUCAUGUGACCGGGCGAAACUGUGGCCAGUGUGAGGUGGGGUUUUUCAACCUGCAACCUGGAGUAGGCUGUGAGAGAUGCAACUGUAACCCCAUUGGCUCAUCAUCUAUGGCGUGCCAUCCAAUCACAGGCCAGUGUAUGUGUCGGCCGGGAGUGGAGGGCCGGCUGUGCAGCAUAUGUCGAAUGGGCUUUUUUGGUUUCUCAACACGAGGCUGCAGAGCCUGUAACUGCGACCCGAUGGGUUCCAGCUCUAUGCAGUGCCACACCAACGGGUCUUGUCCCUGCCGCCAGGGCUUUGUGGGGUACAAGUGUGACCAGUGUGAGCUCAACUUCUUCCACAACAGAGCCACACACCAGUGUGAAGAGUGUCCCGUCUGCUAUGGGCUAGUCAAAGAGCAGGCUGGGAGACUGAAGGCUCGGCUGCAGGAUUUGGAGAAGCUCCUGGCACGUUUUGACUGUCGGACUGAUUACGGGCGGCAGUAUCACAUGCACCAGCUUCACGAGCGCCAGCGUCACAAGCGCGGGCAUCAGGGGGAAGACAGUCUGCCCAAUGCACUGGAGGACUUCCUGGCCAUACAAGAAGCGAAGGAAGCAUUUGUCAGACGGUUUGCUCUCCUGGAGGUUUCAACGCACUCUUUAUCAGCCCAGCUAAACACUGUUACCACAGCAUUGAACUGUAGCGUCAGCGGGGAGGUACAGCCGGAGGAGGAGGUGGGGGACAAGGAGGGGUGGGGGACGUUGUGUAGGGGCCUCGCUGGCUCUGUGGCAGUGGUAACAAGGGCAAGGACACAGCUGAAGCAGGCAACACUGGACCUAGAUAAUAUGGUUGUUCCCUUUGAGGUGCCACCUGUGCCCAACCGCUGGAACUGGGCUGUUAACGAGUCAGAGGUUCUGAUGAAAAGUCACACAGAGAUGUCUGGUCACAUAGAGUCCAUAGCCGCCAAGGCUUUCAUGGUCUCCAACCAAACCUACUCUCUCUUGAUGGAUCUACUGGAGGACAACUCUACAGAGGAAUACAUCAGCAACCUCACAAAGCAACUGGCUGACAUGAAACAGAUGAAGGAGAAUCUGACAGCCCAGGUGAAUGAGACUCUAGCCAAUCGACUGGCUCUUGAGGAGGAGUCUGCUGAGGUCCGUAAUGCCCUUGGUGAGCUCACCUCCUCGCUACUGGAGCUGUCCCAGAGGCCCAACCCGACAUCAGGUACCAAUCGGUCAGACCCCGGCCUUGGACCGGGUACCAACCGCACGGAGUUUGGUCAGCCGGCACUAGGGUCAGAGGGUGUUCACCUGAACAACAGGACAGCUGAGCUGGCACUUCACGUGCAGUCUACAGAGGAGCUAGUUAGCAAGAUCCGAGAGGAGAUGGAGCCUCGGUUACUCACCGCCCAAAAGAAUAUGGCUGCUGGAGAGGACAUCUAUAAGCUGACAGCUAAAGCCAAGAUGUCAAAGGUCAUGGCCUUGUCGUCAGUGGUGACGGGGAAAACAGUGGAGUCAGAGGUCAUCGCCCUGUGGAGGGAACUGGAAGGCAUGCAGAGAGAGUGGCCUCACAAGCAGGCCCAGACCAAAACUGCUCUAAAAAAGGAGAAGCAGCUGAGAGGAAAGGUUCUAGAAGACAUCCAUAAGAAGCUGAAUCAGACAGAGAGGGUCCUGAAGCCUGCCCUGGCUAAUGUUACACACUCCAAAGCCACCACGGAACAGGCUGAACGAACAGCGCAUGUCCUGUCUAAAGAGGCCAAGGUCACUCUGACCCGGGCCAAGCACAUGAGGAAAGCGUCCACCCAGCUGACCUCCUCUGUGGACACGAGCCUUCAUCAGCUGUCUGAGAUGGAGAACCACACUGCCCAGGCACACGCCAAACUGCGCACAGAGCCUGUAGAGUCUCUGGUCGUUGUCAAGGGGAACAUUGAGGCAGCUAAACGUCAGCUAGAAAUGUACUCACUCACACUAACCCAGCUCAUCAGCAAAAUAGAUAGUAGUGAAGCGCUGGAGCGGUUUGAACGCAUCCUGACUGACACAGCAGUGCGUUUGGCUGUUCUCCGUGGCAGUGUGGAGAGCCCAGCCCUGAGUGGGAAAAUCCAGACGCUCCGGUCAGCAGCGCAGGACCAGGCAAGCCAGCUGACCAAUCUGGAACAGGACCUGCAGGAGAUCCGACAGGAGAGAGACAGUCUGAAGGACAUCGCCCUGCACCUGCCCCAAAGCUGUCCCCAGGCCUCAGGGACAGAGGGGAAGUAGGAACGGUAUCAGGAGGACUCCGGAGUCUUAUUCCGUUCAUGCUACCCCCCUCCCUCGGGUUCACACACUCAUUCACUCCAUCUCCGGGAUUUCAGAGUAUUUCUUCCUCUGGGGGGUUUGGGCAGAGGAAACCGAUGAGGAGGCUGAAAGCCACAGCUGAUCACAGGUCAUCACUGUUUUGAAGGCUUUAGUGGGAUAUAUCAACAGCGUCACAACUGGUAUUCCAUUACGUUAGGGCUUGGGUCAAAAUGGGUGCACUUUGUAGUGAAUAGGUUUUAAUCUGUUGUUAAUCGGUUCUUGGUGUUGAUUAACAGUAUUCUGGAUCCCCCUUUACAGCCGUGCACUUUUCUACCAACCUGGCUGUUAAAACCACUAUAGGACCUCUGCACAGACAUGGGCAGUUUUCUAGGCCCUUGUUCCCUUUCAGAUUCCACCACCCUAUUCUUUUCAUCCUUACUAUCUCCAUCCCUCCUAUCUCUCAUCCCUCCCAUCCCUCAUCCCCUCCUAUCUCUCAUCCCUCCCAU